AUGACUUCGCCUAGUCUGGCUUCACCGCAAGAUGUGGAUACUCAGCCCUCCAGCCCUAGUGAACGCAAGGUCAAAAUACACAUCCUAUGCCCUUCGUUUCCGGUCCGUUUCACAUUAAAUGAACUACCGCUGAACACCACAGCUGCGAGCUUGCGUUUGCAAAUCAUGGACUGCAUCCCAACGCAUCCACCCCCUGAGACACAGAGGCUGAUUUUCGCUGGAAGAUCUAUUCUCGCAUCUGACUCUCGCCUGACCCUCGGGGAUAUUCUAGGUGCUGCGGAGGGAGACGAAUACACAAUCCAUUUAGCGCUGCCACCCCCCGCUGUAUCGGACGUGUCGUCGAAUACCACUUCAACUCCAAUUUAUCAUACAACUUAUCAAGCUCCCGAGGUCAUAGAAUAUUCGAGCAUCUUAGAUAUGCCUAAUGAUCCCUUAUUCUUGGCACAUGCAAACUUGGAUGCAGCACAAACUGCUUCCACUGAAUUAAACGGCUCUUCAACCCUAUCUGGCUCGUCUGAAUUCUUGAAUGCGCCUCCUGCGCAUUGGAACUUAUCUGCCGAUGCAACACCAUUCGCUCUCACCUCGGCAAUAUUGCAACAAGGCGCUGCUUCCUCGCGCCCUGCAAGUCGGAAUCUUCCUUUCACGGCCUUUCAAAGGCAGGUGGAGCUCAUAGAGGAGAACAUGUCUGUGGGCCGUAUGCCUUCAUUGGAGCAAUUGUUCCGUCUACGCUCUGAUCUCAUGCAGAGCAUACAUGUGCAGCGAAUUUAUCGGCGCGGAAGGCCGCAUCCUGGAUAUAGCAAUAGGAUCAGGGAACUGGAAGAGCUGCUUACCCGAGUCCUCAAUAUCUACAAUCAUAUUGAUGGCCUCAUUGCCAUUCAUCCCCAUCCGGAGUCAACUGGGCCCCAUGUCUACAUUGCUACCUCUCCUGAAGGUUUAAACGUCAUGAUCAUGCACCCAGCCGCGAUGGAUUCUCAACCGAUUUCGUGGCCCAAUCCUCACCAUGUCGCCGUGGGUGGACAUAACUUUGCCCCUGUUGCAACUCAACCCACCGCUGCUCAACCUACCGCCACUCAACCCAACGUUGCCCUUAGGGCAGACCAGCCAAAUGCAGCUGAUGUUGUGCAAAAUGCCGUGCAUCAAGCCAUCGUCAACCAACCACAACGGCGGAACGAACCAGCCAACGCUGGUGCUUUUGUACGUCAUGUUCGCCAGGUUUGGCUGUUUAUUAGACUUUACUUCUUCAUCUACAUGAUCAGUGAAUCUGGCACUUGGACUCGCGUUCUCUUUGUUACCUUGGCUGCGUUGAUCGCUUUACUUUCGGACUCUCAGAUUCCUCAACGGCUUUAUGGCAUGAUUGUCGCUCCAAUUCAGCGUCACCUGGAGGGCCUUGCUCACGUGGGAGGCCCGGCUGAUCAGGCUGCACGGACCACAGCGGAGCAGAAUACCAACAAUCAGCCUGGCGCUCGUCCUAUGAGCACCGGAGACGAGAUCCGUGAAUAUCUUUGGCGUGCUGAGCGAUCUGUUGUGCUUCUGCUUGCAAGCCUUAUUCCAGGAAUCGGUGAACGGCAGGUCCAGGCACGGAACGCUGCUGAAGCUGAACGUGUACGACAGGCGGAGGAACGCGAGCGGGAGCGCGAGCGGGAGCGCCAACGGGAGCAAGAACAAGCUCAGCAAUCUCAGACUGAAGAUCAAACUCAGGAGCGCACCUGA